CAAGCGCGCUGGCUCGGGCCCGCGCCCCACGCAGCUUCCCCGAGGGCCAGCCUCUCGGGGCGUCGUGCUCGCGGACCGCCGCGGCCACGGGGGGGGGGCGCACGCCGCGCCGGGAUGGCCCUCAGCCCUGUGCGCAUUCGCGCGCCCUGGCUGCAGUUGGAGCGCGGCGAGGGAGGGGCGCUGCAGAGGUCCCUGUGCGCCGUGCCGGCGGCUCCCAGCGUGGUGGAAGCCCCGGCGCGCCUCGGGAGGAGCACGCUGCGGUGCCUGCUCUGGAGGGGGCUCGCGGCGCUGUGUACGGUCGCGGCGCUCAGCCUGCUCUUGUCCAGGGCCGUAGGCCGCCAGGGGGGGGACGGAGGCGAGGAGUUCGAGCUGCUGUUCGAGGGGGAGGUGCCCAAUGAGGACUUCGUCAUACACGCCGGCUCCGUGUGCUUCGGCGUCUCGGAGUCGGAGGCCGAUCUCGCGGGCUACCUCAGGUUGGAGGUGGAGUCCGACAAGGACCUGCGCGCCAUCCGUGGCGGCCGCGAGCAGUGCACGGAGUGGAUGGUAGAGGACAGCCUGCUGCUGCCAGAGGAGAGUGAUCCUCGUGGCUUGGCCUUCCUCUGGCCGAACUUGAGCGUCCCCCUUCACGGCGAUCUUGGACCUGGCCUGGUGGAGUUCCAGGAGGAGCCUGUCGGUUUCGCCUCUUGGGGUGGCACGAUCUGUGGGUUUGAAGAAUACCAGCUGGGGAACGAGCCCCAGUUCCGGGCCACAUUCGACGAUACGGCUCUGCGCUCCCAGGGACGGCUGAUCUACGUACCGAGCCGGGGCUUUCUUCCCGUCCUGCUGGACGGGAGGAAGCAGGUGCUGGUCCAGAAGCGUCCUUAUUUCGUGCCAUUCCAAGGGGUUGGCCACGGCCUGCGGUACCAGCCCUCAGUCUUCAGCCGCGGAGAGGGUCUUGGCGAGCUGGUCCUCCCAGGCUCAGUGGUGAUGGGCUUCGCCUGCCUUGAUAGCGAGUUCGUGUGGGCUCCCGAGGGCGGAUACCUCCCCCUGAGCAUCCACGGGGCUCCUGCGCUGAUUCCCAUGGCUGGCACCCGAGACGACCUGCCGCAAGUUCGCGGCAGUCUGUCGUGGAUGCUCUUCGACGACCAGGAGGUACACUGGGGAUCUCUGCAGAACCGCUUCAACGAGUCGACCUUCGACGAAAAGGCACGCGCGUCGAGCUCGAUAUUCACCUUCCCUGCGCCGCCGUGGAACGCCAACGUCAACCAGCACACUCCCAAGAUUAGAGAAAAGUUUGCGCGUCACUGGCACAUUGUCCUCGCCGGCACCAGAUUGCGGCAAGACCAGCCCCGCUCCCGCUACAGAGUGUCGGCGAGAAAGCACCUCAGCUCGUUCGGCUCGAAUAGUUAUCACCCAGAGAAGUGCCCCAGAGCGUCACCGCUGGCAUGGCUUCGGCGAGUGGGCCGGCAGGGGUACGACAGCUUUAUUGCCGACUAGUCCCUCGCUGCAAUCUAAGGCAUCCCCCGCCGUCUGGAUCUUCACUCGCAGGUGGCGCUCGCCAGCAGGCGUUCAAGGAAAUGUAUCGCAACCAGGCCCAUGUGUACCAUCGUCAACACCCUGUGGUCCACUGCACUGCCGACGAAGCGGUUCGGACAUUCAACUUUUAAUUUUCUGCCGUUCAACUUUUAAUUGUCUGCCCAGAGUGCCAAUGCAUGGUUCCUGGAUCGGCUCAUCUGGGCGGCCAGAGAAGUUUCACGUCACUGGGUGGAGUCUGGUCUACGGCAAGACCAGGUCUUUCAAUCCCUUCGCUUUCUCGUCUGCCGCCCCAGGACGGAGGAAAUUCAGCACCCCUCCCCCACGCCAACAAGAACAAGUUCAUCUAUCAGCAGGGCUAAGAGGAUGAGGAGCAGCCACGGUGUCUUGGGUCGGUUUGGUAAAGCGAGUGUUGCCGAUGGGCCAUCGCAUCGCGUUGCGCGCGCGAGGGGCUUCCCGCAUCCUCUGCCACAAGCUGCGAGCCUGCUCGGAAGCCCCGCCCGCCGUGCCGAUGCUCCCGCACCCAGGCUGUGCCGCUGCGGCGCAGCGGUGACACGCUGCUCGCGCUGCUCGCGCGCUGCACACAGGCUGCGGCGCUGCUCGCGCGCUGCACGGCACGCGCGUGGGACACCGCAGCCUCUUGGCCCAGCAGAGGACCCAGAGUCCGAAACGCGUCACCAACUAAAGGUGGUUGAGAUCGGUAGUGCACCACACCGCGGGGGAAGCGCCCUGUCCCCAGGGCGUUCCGCGCCGUGCCGCGGGUUCGGGUGCAACUCAUGAGAGGUCA